AUGGAAAAUAGCACCGAGGUGAACGAGUUUAGACUCUUGGGGCUGACUGAUAUUCCAGAGCUGCAAGUCCCCCUCUUCAUAAUGUUCACGCUUAUUUAUUUCAUCACCCUCAUUGGAAACCUAGGGAUGAUCACGUUGAUUCUGCUGGACUGUCAUCUCCACACUCCGAUGUACUUUUUCCUUAGUAAUCUCUCUUUGGCUGACUGUGUUUACUCCUCUGCUGUUACUCCCAAAGUGAUGGCUGGGCUUCUCACAGGGGAGAAGAUUAUUUCCUAUGGGGGAUGUGUUGCUCAAAUGUUCUUCUUUGUGGCUUUUGCCAGUGUUGACUGUUUCCUCCUUGCCGUCAUGGCCUAUGACCGUCAUGCGGCAGUGUGUAAGCCCUUAUGUUACACCACCACCAUGACAGCCAGUGUGUGCACUCAGAUGGUGAUAGGCUGCUACCUCUGGGGCUUUAUUGAAUCAGCCGUCCACACUGGGUUCACCUUCUGCCUCUCAUUCUGCCGUUCGAAUGUGGUCCAUCACUUUUUUUGUGAUAUCCCCCCAAUGCUGGCUCUUUCCUGCUCUGACAUCCACAUGAAUGAAAUUGUGCUCUUUAUCUUAGCAUCUUUCAAUGUGUGUUUUGCCCUCAUAGUUAUCUUGACUUCCUACGUGUUUAUAUUCAUUGCCAUCCUGAGGAUGCGUUCAGCAGAAGGACGGACGAAAGCCUUCUCCACCUGUGCUUCUCACUUCACUGCCGUCACCAUAUUCUAUGGAACUGUAAUCUUCAUGUACCUACAACCCAGUUCUAGUCAUUCUAUGGACAAUGACCAAAUGGCAUCUGUGUUUUAUACAAUAGUAAUUCCCAUGUUGAACCCAAUGGUCUACAGUCUAAGGAAUAAAGAGGUUAAUAAUGCUUUCAAAAAAGCCAUUGAGAAGUUGAAGAUCUUGUUCAGCAUAUAA